AUGAAGCGCCGCGAAAAAGCUGAUGUAUCACCAGAAAUAUCCCGUGAUAGAUUCCGAACUCCCAAACGACCAAGUUCGCCACCACUAUCGAAGACGUCGACAAGCACUAUCUCAAAAAGGACAGGAUCUCCUCAUAUUUCAGCAUCCACGCGGUGGAAAAGAAGAUCUCUUCCAAGCUCAACAUCCCAGUCAACACUUACACAAAUCGAUUUUGUGACUCAGACUACGCAGCCAGAUGAAGAGCAGCUCGACUAUCUCGAUGACAUAGCAACGAAAAAGACCAACCCAGUGCGCAAAGAUGAUGAGUCUGAAGAUGAUAUCAACCUCCAACCACCAAAUUUGCCCUUGUCAGGUGUAUCCACAUUCGAACGAUAUAAUGACCAUCCCAAGCGACGAAGACAAAGCCUGGCACCAGCUUUAAAUACAAGCAAACGCAAGAUCCAAACACCGAAAACAACUCUUGGCAGCAAGGGCAAACGCAAGUCCACAGACAAGUCGUCUACGAAACGCGACAAAACCUUGACGCAAAUGGAUUUCGUGCGUCGCUACAUUACAAUAGACGACGAUGACGACGAUGUGAACUUGAGAUAUACUCAACUGGCCAUGCCCAAUGAUUUCUCCAGCAAAGCCAAACAACAGCCAACGAGUGAAAAGAAGUCUUCUCUUACCACUCCCGUCCCUCAGCCUGUCAAGCAUCAUCACAGGACCUAUGAAGGAGAACUUGAUCUAUCCACGGGCGAGCCAAUAUCCGACCUUGGACAGAGCCAAAGCGCGGAUCUAGACAAUGCAACCAAGGGUUCAUUGAAUCCUCCAGUUACACCUAGGAAGUCUCGGAAACUCGAGAUUCCAUCCUCUCAGUCUCCUGAAAGCCCAGGAAUUGCAAUAAUCACAUCGUCACAAUUCUGCAGUGCAACUCGUUCCCCUUUAAAACGCAAAUCGCCGAAUAUCACUCAUAAACUUGAGAAUUGUCACAAUGAGGAAUCUUCAAGCCCCCAGCAGGAUGAUGCGCAAGGGCAAGGAAACAUGUCACCCUUGCAAAAGCCAACUUCCCGUUCACCCAAGCCGCUUAUAUCUUCGAGUCAACAUCACUAUAUGUUGGAGCGCACCUCAAACGAACCUUCUGUAACCUCAAAGCCCCAGGGUCUAUCACCACAUGAUUCUGAGUCAAGGCCAAAAAUUGGUCCGGGUUCGAGAAUGGUGGUCUACGAAACAGAUGGAGAGACAGAUGAAAGUGACUCUGGAGGUUAUUUAAGUGACGACUCGCAAGAAAUUCCCUUGCCGAAUGCCGAACCUUCUGCGGGGCUAGACUUCGAACACCAAUCCGAAACCCUGAUGUCUGAUUCUUCCGUAUUAUAUCAGAGGAUGCAUCUGGCUACACAAUUCCCCCACGAGCCUAUUCCAACCCUGAACACCCAGGGGCUAUCGGCUUUGUUCGCCACUCAAGGCAACACUGAAUACCUUGAGCCUCUGCCGUUGCAAAGUAUAACACAAACCGAGGAAGUAGACCAGACUGAGAUUGUGCCAGAGUCGUCUCCAGCUCGAGACGCGGAGAGUAAUAAAGGAGAGAGCCAGAUUGUGUUCCAGCGACCUCGGGCCCCUGACUCGGUGGUUCAAGUUGAAUCGUCUCAGCCCGUCGACCGGAGCCAUCAACAAGUGAAGGGGGUUCUAUCUCGUAGUCAGCUUCUGACAUCGAGUAUGAUGGAUAGUGUUCCUCUACCCCAAUUUUGGAUGGGAAGCCAAGAUAGUGUUGGAGAGCCCUAUAGUCUUGACCGGUGA